UGAGCGGGAGUUGAGUUUGAAAGGAGCGAGCUUUGUUGGCUCUGGUACUGGUCUCGGUACGGUGUAGCGGCGACCGGCCACCGGCCAAAUAUCGGACCGGAGCUCCGCGCGGAAUAAGCCGGAAUUUGGUGGAGUGUAGCGGCCUAGCUCGGUGGGUUCAGGCAGGGCCGAGUGGAUGGCGGGGGACUGGCGGAAGGAGUACCUGUGGAAGACGCUGCUGGCCCUCGGCUUCCCGCCGAUUGGCGGCGAGCAGCGAACGGCGAACCGCAUCGUCUUCAGCGUGGAUAUGUUUGACAAGCCAAAUGUGGAAGCCUUCCAUAUUGUUGCAUACCACUUGUUCUUGCAACUGGACCAAACGCGUGCCAAUGUUGUCUUCAGGGAUUGUUGGCCUAUUUUUGAUAAGAAAAGUGCUGCAUGCUUCAGAAAAGCAUGUUAUGAGUGGAUGAAAAAGAUUGCUGAAGAAGUUGGAAAUGGUUUUCCUCAAGUUGUGGCUUCUUUAUUUCUUUCUCCUGGAGGUCCUAAAUUUAUUAAUCUUAUGUAUGCUUUUGCAAAAUAUGUACUCACACACAAGUUAAACAUACAAACUGAAAAGAACAAUUGGCGCAACAAGAGAGUGAGGGGAAGAUCACAAGACCUUCAUUUAGCAGCAAUGAAAUGUUGUGUUGCACGUAGCCAGUUCUUAGAAGGAAUUCAGAAAGAAGCUUUUGUCAUUGAGGAAUAUAAAAGAAGGGAAGCAUUACUGGUUAAAGAAAAUCAAGCCUUGGAGAAACAGCAUAAAGAAAUGAAGGUCCUCCUAGGAAAAGCUGCCAAUGGCUUCACAGAAGGAAGUUUUCCAGAACUGAAUGAGCCACGUGAGAUGUGGAACACAGUAAUGGACACGCUGUUGGAGUUGGAGAAAGAGAAGGAAGUUAUUGAUUCCAUAAUGGAGGGUCGUGUAGACAUGGGCGUUCUUGAUGGGACUGAUGUUACAUUAAAAGUUCCAAGACCAUUAAUAAUUAAGAUUGAACAAGAAGCAGAUCAAAUUGAUGAUCUGUACAAAGCUGGUACACUGAAUCUUUCAGCCGUAACCCAGCUGUGCAAUUGGUCUCUCAGACUUCUUGGUGACCAGCGUGACCAAGUAGGCUCAGCGCAAUUAGAACGUUGUCCUUCCUUGGAGAACUUAGCAGGAUUUCUGAAAAAUGAGCUAAUUGAAAUGAAGGAAAAAAGCCAGAAGAUAACACAAGAAGUUAUUCCCUCUGUGAAACAAUCAAUAGCCAAAAUGGAAAGCGUGUGGGACAAGAAAUGGGAGCAGUAUUUGCAUAAAACGGGAUUUUCCCCAAUGAGGAAAAAAUAUCCUGUCCUUGAUCUUCUACCAACCAUGCCAACUUUAUCAUUUGAGCCUGCUUCAGAAGAAGCUUAUAAAAGCAGUAUAUUUUAUUCACACUCUGCAACACUUUCAGGGCUUGAAGAAUCCUGUACAAAAUCUUCUGAAAGAGAUGACGCUGGUAUCUUGAGCAUUUCAAAUGACGCCAAUGAUCUAAGCACAUCAAAACUUCAGUGUUCAGAAUGUUUCACCCCUUCUAUUAGAAAACUAAAUGAACAAAUUAGUUCUUCAUGUUUUACAGAGGAAUCAAUUGAAGCACCAUUGGUAACUGGGCAGCCUCUUGAAAGUAGAUUGCAGACUCCGUACGUGAAUAGAAUGGAAACAUGGCAUAAGGACAAAGAUCAAAGUCCACCACUUUUGAAUAAACCUAAAGAGAGUAUUUCUAAAGGAAAUGAGCCAUAUCAAAAGACUGUUGACCAGUUGGCUGAAGAGGUAGUAGAUACUGUAACAAAAGAUUCACCUGGAGUAUUUCAAAAGGAAGAUCUAGUCCAAGAAAGCAUUCUUUUCUCAUUGUCUAACAGUCCCUUCAUUGCACAAAGUGAGCUACCAAGAACACCUGAAAAUUUGAUUUCAGAUAUUAGAAACAGCUGGCGAUGUGCAGUUCAAGAAUCUGAACUUGAGCAAAUGAAACGCCAGGAGUCUGUGUCUACACAUACAAAACAGAUAAACUAUACAAAUGACCCAGUUCAGUUGGAACUCGACGAAUCAUCAUCUGCAGCAUAUAGAAAGGUUGGAUCUUUUCAGGAGAAUACUCCCUCAGCUGUGACUGAACUUCACUGUAAUGACAUUGAUAAAACAGGAAGCUGGGGUAGGACUCCAUGCAAUCCUGAUGUAGUGACAGCUAAUUCAAACCAUCUUUCCACCCGAAAUGAAAAGUGGAGUAAUUGGGCUCUGGGUAUGGCACAGUUUGAUUGCAGAGACCCAGGAAUGGACUAUUCAAAUAUGGGAUCUGAAAAUGAGCGGCAUAACUUCAAUAGUAAAACUGCAAGUAAUGAUAAAGAUGGUGUGCUGAUUGGUAAACUUCUAUCUCCACCUUCUGCUUCCCAGGAUUUCUGUUCUAGUGAAGGUGCCAAUAAACAUUCUGGAAAUCUCAUAAACAGUGACGAGAUUAAUUUUGGUCAUUCUCAACGAUUUUUGCCUCUUGAUAAAUUAAAUCCCAAAUCACCAAUUAAAAAAGAGAAAUUAUCGAAAAGCUUCAUUAUGGAAAUGUGCAAAACCAAUGAAACUUUGGAGACUUCCAAAUCCUGUAAUUCUCUAGAUACUGAAUGUGAAUUGGAUAGUACGUUACCUUGGAAUCAAUCACAGAAUGUAAACACUACUCCACGCGAUUCAUUGAAUUCUCUAAGGUUUGGAAUUUUGCAGGAGACGAUUCCUGAUGUCCUUGGUAAUGACAGUUUGAACAGCACUAUGAGUCCCAAUGUUGAUCGGCUGGAUGAGCCUCAUUUGGACAUGAAAGUAUUGCAGAAUAGAUGGGAGCAGCUUCAUAAGAGGACUUUGGCUGUUAUUGCAUCGGAUGCAAGUGAAAAGAUAAACUUAGCUGAAAAUAUGGGAGCUUUUAAUUUCCAGAAUUACACUGAUAGUAUAGAUCAGUGCAAGUCUGAACUUCCUUGUGAAGUAGACAAUAUAAAUGAAGAAGCUGAUAAUGCUGGCAAACUGCUUGCUGAGGAAUCAACAUCUUUGAAAACUCUUUCACCAAUUUCUUUUGGAUCUCAAAAGCCUGGUUUAUAUCCGAUUUCUUUGGGCAGCUCUUCAUUCAAUAUCUUGGAGCUUCAAGAUGACCUUAUUGAUCCUUCUCCACUCAAUCCUUUUCAGGAUGAAGCAUCUCAAAGGACAUGUCUUGCCAAAUCAGAACCCCCCUCUGUCACCCUGGAUACUUUCUCAGAUAAUGGAGUGGAGCGACUCAUAAUGUUUUAAUAGGGACUGAUGGUUCAAAUGCAACUCAGAGGAAAAACUUCUGUUGACCAUGACGCACUUUUGAUAUCUGCAUUUGGACAACCAUUGGAAUAAGCGAUACAGCAGAUCUUGUUCUAGCAUAAGGUUAAUUGCACUCUAUCUUUGACCGUAUUGUAUCUAAUCCAAUUAUCUGUUUGUGUUUGUUUGUGAAGUAGGAAAUUCUGUUCACCAGCAGAUGGUGUUUCAUGCAUGUAAAGUAUUGUAUAGAUCUUUUUGUAUAGAUUUAUGUAUAGAUGUAACAUACAAAUGUUGAGUUUAUUAGGAGCUGUAAACAUUAAUCUUGAAUAGGGAUCCAAACUAAAUUCAUCUAAUUUCAAGUAAUUCCUACUGCAAAAAAUGUCAGAAAUGUAGUAUUAAUUCAUCUUUAAAAUGCCAGCAAUGCCUGGUUGAUUUACGCAGUUCAGUAAUUAUAGGUUUGACAUUUGAUUAGAAUCCAGAAUUCUGGUCAUGUAUCCUGGAUUUAAUUAAUUGGGAACAUGGCUGCAGAUCAUAAAACUGAAUGGGAACUCAGCGGGUUGAGCAGAGAGUGGAGGAACAUGAAGUGCUGAGGGGCAAAUUGUCACUGCGUUGUGUUGAGAACAAACAUCAGGGCUGAGAGUGGAUGGAAGAUUGUGAGUCCUGAGGGGUUGAACAGAGAAGGAAUGAGGGAUAAUGAGCAGAUUAAGCCAUAAAGAGGAAAGGUAGAAUUGGGAGACAAGCUGGAUGUGCUGGGUGAAAGUAGAUGGGGGGGGGAGGGGGAGAGAAAGGCAAGAGGGGGGGAAAUAAGGACACAAAGACAACUUUUGUGCCCUGCUUAUCACUCCCCAGCAUCUAUUUCCCUCUGCCAUCCUGGCUUCAGCUGCCUUUUUAUUUUCUUUGUCUGUUUCCACUCAUCACCCUAGCCUUUGCUUCCCAACUGCACCUCUCCCCUACGAGGUUCCAUUGGCUCAUUCAGUCACAACACUCCUCUGUGCAUCUUUCAGCUACUCUCUCCACACCCCCCCCCACUCCCUCUUUAAACUGGAUACCUUCGCUCUUCAUCCUCAGUCCUGAUGCAGAGUCUUGACCUGCAAUGUAAACUCUCCCCUCCCCACAUCCCCCGCGCCCCCCCCCCCAAAUGUAGAUACCACACAACACACUGAGAUUCCCAGCAGGUUUUUAUAAACAACUGGGAUUUGGUUCAGAAGCUUACCUUCAGCAGGAUUCAUCAAAAAAUGUAAACUACUUGUUAUUUCACCCCAGUCUUUGUACUUUUUUUAACCAAAUCAUUUGCCAUUAAAGUGAAAGUGACUUUCUUUGCAUCUCUAAGUUUAUUUUUUGAUCGUGUCUUUCCUGGUUUUCUUUGUAAAGUUGCAAUUCAAUAUUUAUUUAGUGAUACAGCGCAGAGUAAGCUGUUCUGCCCCUUCGAGCAGCACUGCCCCAGCAAACCACGAUUUAAUCCUAACCUAAUCUCAGGACAAUUUACAAUGACCAGUUAAACUACCCAGUUUGCCUUUGGACUGUAGGAGGAAAUUGGAGCACCCGGAGAAAACCCA